AAAAAAAAAUUUGAGGCUCACUCUUCAGGCCCUUGUGAAAUCGUUACUGGCUGAUGUUCACGGUAUAUUUAGUCUCCUCGGUGGCCGGUGAGAGAUCCUUCCCCUCGGUGAUACAUUCUCAUCCUCUGUGGCUAUAAAACCUCCACCUUGGACCUGCUGCCACUAUUUGUCUGUUGUGUCGUAGCCCCGUUUGGACCAGUCCAACGCCAUGGCCGUGCUCCGAGUGUCUUCAUACCGCAAGCUGUUCGAGGACAAUAGCGGGAGUCUAAAUGGAGGGUUGAGUAUGCCGUGUGCGGGGCAGGCCCGAGCCUCGGUCAGGGGUGCGGCCGUUGACAAGUGUGACUGUGACAAGUUAGACUUUGAAGCUGCCAAGGCACUGAACAAGGAGGGUCUGAACCGGUUUGUCCAGGACCGCAACAUCAUCGCUGCACUUAAUGACCGACUGGUCGGGUUUAUUGAACUGGCCCGUUGUUUCGAGGAGGAGAAUGAGUCUCUUGACUGUCAGAUUGUUGAACUUGAGAUCGAGCUGAACAGUCGACCAGCCUCCUCCAGCAUCAGCUCCGCUGUGGCCGAGUCCGACUACAGUCUGGAUGCUGUGGUGGAAAGACUGCGCAGGGAGAGGGAUGAGAUUCUGUGCGACACCGAGGACUUGAAAAAGGAGCUUGAACGUCUGAUGAAAGAAAACGAGAAGGCUGCACAGCAGAGGAUCCUCCUCCAGCACGGACGACGAGAUGUUGCUGAGAAAGUCGAUGCUGUGACAGCAGAGUGUUUGGCGCUGAGGGAGCAAGCGACUAUCUACGAGGAGCAGCUGGCCCACAUGGAGGACCAGCACACGACGGCGGUGGAGCGUCUGCUGGAUCCAGCUGACGGGACGACGGGAGGCGUGGCAGCGGCUACGUUUAGCAGCCCUGACAUCACGGCGGCCCUGGACAUAAAGGAGUACUACUGCCAGCUGGCCGAGAGCCUCCAGUGCGACUGUGGUGCAGCGUCAUCUGCCGUGAGUCGCCGUGGUGAUGGAAAACAACUGGAAGUGGAAGGAGCUGGAGGGCCAACAGUCAGAGAUGUGUCAAAGAUAAAGGACAGCAGUGAGAUGAAGAUGCUGAUUUCAGAGCUACAAAAGGAGCUGGCUGAGCUUCAGCUGUAUAACGAGACGCUAGAGGAUGAGGUUGAGAUGAAGACGACUGCAUACAUGGCCGAGAUUGCUGAGUUGGAGUGUACAACAGAUGAAAUGCAGCACCAAGAGGCCGACUUCAAAGUGCAGACGAUGGAGCAGUGUGAAGACUUCAAGGAGCUGCUCAGUGAGAAGAUGGCCAGAGACAUGGAAAUUGCUGCCUACAGGAGUCUGGUGGAGGAAGAGGAGGCGAGGCUGUGCGACCUGUGACGUGGCGUGAUGCCGGAGAGGCAGACUGGCAGGCGGGAUGCUCCCUCUCACAUGGAUUAGAAAACAGAAACGAGCAAAAACACACCGGCACCACACUAGGAUGAAGCUUACGGUUCCAAUGCAGCAAUUUAAGCAGAAUUUAUCAUGACAGAUUAAUACCGCCUGGGUGUCUAAACCAGACCGUUGAUAACAGGUCGCUGGCAGAUGACCCCGAGACUCCAAGAAAGAUGGAGCUGUCUCAAAGAGGUGGGAGGAUGGGGGCUGGGAUAUUUUCUUAAGUGGGCUUUAUCUUUACCAGCUAACUGAUGCAUUUCGUAAAUGGUUUGUCCCCUCUUUGUUGGACGAGUCCCACACACAGAAACACAGAUACAGACACACGCAAGUUAAACUGCAGCUCUGAAGUCAUCCCCCCCUGAUACCACCUCAUCCAUCACUGAACUUUGUCUGAUUACCUGCUCUUAACCCUUGACCUAUCACUGAUAUAUAUAUAUAUAUAUAUGUGUGUAUACAUAUACAUGUGUGUAUAUACAUAUAUGUGUGUAUAUAUGUGUAUAUAUAUAUGUGUGUAUAUAGAUACAUUUGUAUAUAUAUGUAUAUUUGUGUAUGUAUAUAUAUAUGUGUAUAUAUAUAUAUAUAUGUAUGUAUAUAUUAUAGCGUGCAUCCCACCUUCCCUUUUGCUUUUACAGUCAUGCAUUCAUGUUUUGAUUUUAUAUAUGACUGAGUGUCAGAGUUGCAGUGCACUGUUUGCUUUUCAAAUGGUUCAUGAAGUUGUUGUUUUUUCUGUGGCUCUUACAAAAUGAGCACCUGGAUGUUUCUACAAGAAACAACUGUGAUUCAUUAUUGCUGCUAUGAAAAGCAAUCUCCCAAUUUACUGUUACUGAAAUAAGCAUAAGGUAAUACAUUCCUCUGUAAGCUUUUCCUUAAUUUUAACAUGCUGUUCAAACUGUCUGUAAUAAAUCAUGUGUGGUUCACGCUUCUUUUGCACAAGCAUCAGAAUGUGCUUUCGAUUUAAAUAAAAGUAGUUGCAUGAGA